GGUAUGGAUACCAUCUCCACGACGGGUUUGUAACUCUGGUAGCGCGCGAUUCUAUUCAUCAAUCUAGUGGAAUAGGCGACCUGCUGCAGCAGAUAUCCCUGAAUAGAGACCCCUUUUGGUGCCGGAUAGUGAUAGUGGGCGCAGACCAUGGCAUCACGAGGCCUGCAUUUCCAAGUUGCACGGCGUUCUUAGAGUCUCGCUUCACCCCCUGCAGCCCGCUCUCUGUGGAUACAGAAUCACGUUGCUAUGGCUUUUUGAUCAAUGUCCUGGAGACUCAUGAUAAUAAACAAUAAAAUUAGAGAAUGAGAUAUUCGGUGAAGGAUUAAGAAACGCUGAGAGAGAUGCCUCCACAGUUACCAAGAUACCCCCACGAUGCGCAAACCACGGGCGAAGUACAUGUGGAGUGAUAGCUUCAUGAGCAGUAUCAUGAUGUGGAUGCUACACCAGCCAGACACACGAGCAUUCCUGCAGAAGGCUUCUCUAUGGUCUCCUCGUCCGAUAGGAGAUGGACCUGCAGAGAGGUAG